AUGGCUUUGAACCAGACGGGCCCCAACACCCACGAAUAUAGUUCGAAAACGAUAAAGUUCCUGGACUCACCCGAUAAGACUGCCACAGCUCAAGGUGUUGUCUCACCUUUGAUCCUGGGCAACACCAGUACCCCCAGAAGUUUGAGCACGUCACAUUUCAAAUAUGAAUGGGCUGCGGCCAUUGAUGGAGAGGAAAAUGAGGACUGGCAUCUGGUUUCUUGCCAAUCAAAGGAAAAUGAGCCUGAUAUCUCGACGUUCGCCGGUAAUAUCGAUAGAGAGCUCGGUGUCUUUUCGAUAUUCCUCUGCGCCAUCUACAACAAGCCAUACUCCCUCGAAGGUCCGGCUGACUUGGAGGACUUAGUCAAGAUGGCUGAUUAUUACUGUGCUCUGCCCGCCGUAUCACGCACACUGGAUGCAGCUAUGCUCAGGAGUCAAAUGCUGGCCUACGACUUGAUUGAACUUCCAUGCACGUAUCUUGCUCUUGCUACGACUGUCAGAAGCGCACUGCUCUUCAGAGAGAGCCUCAUCUACGCCGUCGGCCCAUAUUCAAGCCCAGGUUAUCAUUUAAUCGAGUGCCAUAAGUUGAGGAAGAUUGCCCGCCAUGCAUGGGCCGAGGUCGGUGCAAAGGUUGCCGAAUUUACUGUCAGAAUGCUUAGCCAAAUCUAUUCGGACCGGCGUAUGGGCAGUACUACCACAUCAGAAUCACUUUUGAUGGAGCUCGAGGCUGCCAGUAGCACUUUGGCAUCUCGAGUCAAUUUACCGAUGUUGAUUCGACAGCUGGGGGAGCCAAAGAAUGGCCUUCACGAUCAGAUGAGAGAGGCGUUUUAUAGCUUACUGGAUGAUAAGCGUGUCCUGACUCUCACAGAACCUGUCGAAUCGUUGUGUGACUACUUCUUGUGUGCAGAGAUCGCCGACGAGGACUUGCCAUGGGACAUUAAUGAACUUGAUUGGUAA